CUGCGCGCUCCGGGACUCGAAAGAGGCGUGUGCGCGUUUGCCGCAGAUCCUGGAAGUGGCCACGUUGCGUGCCUCACUCUGGAUCUGCAUCUUUACGUGUACAAUUUCUUAGGUCAGCAGCUUCUCUGCGUGAGCCUGGGACUGCUCUUGGCAGAUGCAGACGCAAUAUCUGGAAACCGAAGACGCGGCAGUAAAAUGUCCAGGACUUCGCUUGCCUCUACUUCUGGGCUAGGCACUAUAGCCGGUAGCUCUUCUGUCAGCAGCACUGCGCCAGAGGAUGGACUUCCAGACGCACUGUUUCGAUGCAACUGCUUCCUACGCUACGUAUCUAGCGCAGUCACAGUGGCCUCUGUAUCCCCUGGCAAAAUCUCGCGUGGUGGCUGUACACCCCGCUCGCGGGCGACAACUAGGCAACGCUUGCUCGGUCAGCAAGGAAUAGUUUCACCGAGAGCUCACUCACCUGCACGCAAUGGACACGACUCAAAGUCCUUGCCUGCGGAUCCUGACUCGCAAGUAGAACAAUAUAGGCGCCACCAACAUCGUGAUGCAGCACAAGAAAGGAAUUCUUCUUUUUUGGUCUUAGCUUGCGCUACGCGAAUUUUGGUUCUUUCUGUUGCACGUGGCUAUGAUGUCUUCUAUGCUAGUGAAGAGUUCGAGCCGAGGUACAUUCACCGCCUUGACGUCUCAAAAACACUUCGAACCGUCCGAAUGGAGGCUACUGAUGUGCAUCCAGCACUAUUUCAAGCUGCGCCGCCAGAGGAGGAACUAGCACGCCAAGGGUAUUUCCAGGGGUUGCGCCAGCUCGAAAUUCUAGAACGUUGUGAUGAUCGCGCCGCCGUACUGGUACUAUCGCAUCAACAUCCACAACGACCACCAGAGCUAUUAUCGGCGGCACUCCAUAACAUGGCAUGUUCAUCUAAGAAAAUGCGAGACGAGGCAACGGACUACCCAGUCGCGGUUGAAGAACAGAAAGUGCUCCCAUCCGGCCGGUUAACUUUCGUCGCUUGCACAUUCGGGCGUGCAAAUGAGGAAAAAAAGCAGCAGACAGGCGACACCUCUCCGCGAGUGACAACUCUAAGCAAUAGGAUAUAUGCUAGUUGCAAUAAGCUGGAUGACCAUCAUCUUUGGGGCUUAGAGGAGUGGUCUUCCAUCACGUGUCCCGGUGCAGUUCCAUGUUGGUUGUUGUCCCCAACAACAAUGCUCGACGACAGAAGCAUAAUUAUUACUAGGAAGAGCGGUGUCUUAUCACAGGAGCCUGUUAGAAAAACUGUGAUCGGAUUCAGUGCGAAAAGGCUGUUAAGUACAGGAGUGAAUCACAUACUGGCAGCCUGGGGAGAGAGUGCAGGAAUGCGACUCGUUGUGGUCGAGGCAAACAAGUCGGGUGUGUUACGUUAUUGGUGUCAUAAUCUCUUUUGGUCCUCGCCUCUCGUAGAUGUGCAGUUACAGCCUGACAGAGACUACAUCUACUCGCGCUCGGUAGACGGAGAGUUGCUGCUUUGGAGCUCUCUUCUGCGGAAGCAAUAAUUAGAGUUCGCACACUAUGUUUAUACCAUAGGUAAAAAAGUUCGUCCGCUUAAGUACUCAUUCUUACGUACCAUGCACAGAGUCCAAACAUACAUCCAUCGAUCUUGUCCUUCUCUAGAGGCUCCUAUAAAAACGCUCGUGAAUAUAGAAGAAUGCAAAUUAAAAUCUCGUGGUAAUGUAACAAAAUCAAAUGACAGAGUCCCACAGCAAGACAUAAACG